AUGAGUUUUGUAAUUGGAGAGGUUAUUGAUGGUAAAUAUCACGUUAAUGCAAGAAUUGGAAAAGGGGGAUUCGGAGUGAUUUUCAAGGUCACCGACUAUGUCGAUCUGCGUGAGAAAGCACUGAAAACAAUUGGUGGAUCUGAUCCAAAAGAUGAAGAUUACUUGAACGAGGUGCACGUUUUGACUUUUCUGGCACCGGUACCUGGAGUUCAGAAGCUUCAAAAUCAUUUCACGUACCGCAACAAAUUGUGCUUGGUUCUCGAUCUUUAUAUGGUGGAUAUGGUCACGCUUGCCGAAAACAAGCUCUUCUCUCAAUCACUCACAUCUAAAGUUGGCCACAAAUUGACUGAGAUUCUCCGUGAUGUCCACAAUUUUGGAAUCAUUCACAGAGAUAUUAAGCCGGAAAAUUUGAUGAUCGCCUUGGUUGGGGAGGCAGCUGAAAUUAGACUCAUUGAUUUCGGGAUGGCAUGUUUCUUCCGUAAACCCCACGGAUUCAUUGGAAAAGUCUCAGCCGACGACUACGUGUAUACUGAUCCUGCUUCUGCUGCACUUGGAAUGGCAAUUGGGAAGAAACCAUCCAAAACUGACGACUUUGUCAUGUUGGUUUAUACUCUGAUGAAGCUCCGCAGAUUGAAUCCAUUCCAAGCAGAGACUGGCAAGCAAAGAACCGAUCUCAAACAACAGUUUCAUGAGAACCCGGCUCGUAUCCUAAAACGCAAGAAUCGCUUCCUAUUGGGCAUUGCCAAAAUCAUCUGCGAGAACGCUGUUGACAACGUUGUCAAUUACGAGAGUAUUCUGUAUUCUCUGAAGAACUCUGCCAAGUACAAUAUGGAGAAGCCAUUCAAACUUCACGUCGGACGUCGUAACAAAAUGUCUUUGCGACCAUAA